CUUCUGCUAUUUUCCUCUUCAUUCCAAUUCCUGUGCUAACACUUCCUACGAAUCCUUCUAAUGGCGGACGAAGAAGAAAGAGCACUGGAGCAGCAGCUGGAGCUUCAAUUAGAAGAACAGAGGGAGUCACUGACGGCUAUAAAUGAUGCCCUAAUAUCAGAUCCAUCGAAUGCAGAGCUUCUUGCGGUUCAUGAGGAGCUUGUUAUGGCAAUCAGGGAUGCGGAAGAAGGUCUUCUAAACCUGAAACGUUCACGGUUAUUGCAAGAGAUUGACUCAAUACAAGGAUCUGAAGCGACUACUGAAGAUGUUGAGGUGGAGCCCCUUGAUCCAACAAAUGUAGAGGCAGAACCAUUGGAAGGAAACAGUUACAGUAUUGGCUCAAAAUGUAGAUUCCGUCACUUUGAUGGUCGCUGGUAUAAUGGCCUCAUAGUGGGGUUAGAAGGCUCUAAUUUGGCGAGGAUUUCUUUUCUUACACCCACAUCUGAAAGCAUGUUGAUGUGCAAGUUCUUCCUACAGCAGCGGUGUCGAUUUGGUACCAACUGCCGCUUAUCGCAUGGAGUCGAUGUUUCCCUAUCUUCCCUCAAAAGGUAUAUCCCGACAACAUGGCAAGAGUCAUUAGUAGGAUCCAGCGUCUGGGCAGUCUCAGAAGACAAGGCUGGGAUCUGGAGGGAAGCUGAGCUUGAGUCAUGGGAUGACAAACUUGGAAUGGGUCAGGUUGUAUUUCGGGAUGAUGGAAGCUCUGUGAUGUGUAGGUGUGAUGCACUUUCGUUGUCUGAAUAUGCUCAAAUGAGUGAAGAGGAUGAAGAUGAUUCAGGUGCAGAACAAUCUGAUUCCAGUGACUAUGAAGAGGAGAGCCCUCAAGGUCUAGGGUUUUUGGAAGCAACUGCACAUCAGCGUGGCAUCCAAACUGACACAGCCGUGUUUGCAACGUGGGAACAUCAUACCCGGGGCAUAGCUUCCAAAAUGAUGGCCAACAUGGGUUACCGUGAUGGGAUGGGUUUAGGCGUCUCUGGUCAGGGUAGGGUUGACCCAAUUUCUGUGAAAGUCCUUCCGCCUAAGCAGUCUCUUGAAUAUGCUUUGAAGUCUUCCACAAGUGCAAACGAAGACAAUAAAGAAAUUCAGGGGAAAAAACGCAGCAGAGGUGGGAAAAGGAAACGUGAUAAGAAGUAUGCUGCAGCUGCACGGGCAGCAAGAGAUGAGGUAGCAUUGGAGCCAGAUGUCUUUAGUUUCAUCAAUAACCAGCUCAGCAUACAAAGUGGAGCGCAGAGCGAGUCAGCCAAGAAACAGCAAACUAAAGGUGUAGGGGAGGCAAAGAAAGAAGACAGACGGUCUUUGGUAGCUUAUGACGAUGAAGUGAAAGAGUUGAAGUUCCGGGUUGAGAAGCUGGAAGAAAUGGUGAAACGAAACCAGAAAGAGAAGGUGGUCUAUGAAGCUGCUUUGAGAAAAUUGAAUGUGACCCGCAAUGCUUUGGCUAAUGCUGAGGCAAAUCAAGCAACUGCAUUAAAGGCGGUUGUCAGCAAGGAGAAAGAAAAGAGAUGGAUGAAAUUUUGAGCUAGUAACUACUCACUCUCCCUGCAUCAAGUUAUACAUUUUUUUGUUCUUCGGAUUGCAUAGUUCAUGUAGUGUUUUUUUUUUUUUUUUUUUCUUUCCUUAUCUGUUCUCAACAGAAUUUCACUAUUUGGUGUACAAUUGCACUUUGCAGUGAUGUAUACAGAACUAAUAGUGGAUUUCACUUCUAUGUAUUAAGCUAAGUUUAUGCUACAAAA